AACGACCUGGAUUCGCUUUUCCCCGAGCCUCAGCAGCAGCAACGCGUCGCGCGUGCAUCACAACGAGAUUCAGAGCCCGAGCCCGAGCCCCAGCCCCAGACCAACGACGAGAAAGGACAAACUGCGGCGGACCUACCCGAAGUCGGAGGCAGGGCAAAAGGCCCGAUCCCCCCUCCCCGCCGGUUGCCGCGCUCGUGCCACGGUGCGGUAGCCCCGUCGACGCCGGCGGACAGCGUGCACUAUGGGUUGCUCCUCCUCCGUGCCAGCUAGAAAUACUGGAGGGCUGAACACUAUCAGCAACGAUAGCUCUCCAGACGCCAGUUCAAAGGACUUGCGUGCUAAGUUGGUAUUGCUGGGAGACUCAGGUGUUGGGAAAAGUUGCAUUGUUCUUCGUUUUGUUCGUGGUCAGUUUGAUCCUACUUCCAAGGUAACUGUUGGCGCAUCUUUUUUAUCACAAACAUUGGCAUUGGAGGAUUCAACAAUAGUGAAGUUUGAAAUUUGGGAUACUGCUGGGCAAGAGAGGUAUGCUGCCUUGGCGCCACUUUACUACAGAGGAGCUGCUGCUGCAAUUGUUGUCUAUGAUAUAACAAGUCCGGAAUCAUUUAGCAAAGCACAGUAUUGGGUAAAGGAACUUCAGAAGCAUGGUAGUCCUGGUAUUGUAAUGGUUUUGGUUGGUAAUAAGGCUGAUCUACAUGAUAAUCGAAGUGUAUCCUCGCAGGAUGCGCAGGACUACGCAGAGAAGAACAAUAUGUUUUUCAUUGAGACGUCGGCCAAGACAGCUGAUAAUAUAAACCAACUGUUUGAGGAAAUUGCAAAGAGGUUGCCUAGGCCAACGGCAUCGUGACAGAACACUUUUGUGUAUUGCUUGUACCAUGUAAUGCAUGCCAGUCCAUAUACACGGGUACUGUAUGGACUACGGAAGACCUCUCAUGUAAAGAUAUUUCCCCCAUUCUGUUAUAGUUGUGGAUGACAAUUGGUAUUGAGAAUAUCCUCUGAUGUCGCAAAUUGGUCUUCUGAUGACCAAGUGUUUUUCUUUUCUUUUACCUCGUUCUAGGCAUUCUAAGGGCCUGGAGCAUCUGGUUUUUAAGGAACUGGUUUAUAAAAGUUAGUGUGGUUCCAAAUAUAU